GCUGAGACGGAGGAAAGAAGAAAAUUGAGAAGAAUGCCUCCCUUUGAAGGCUCUAAACCGGCGGUGUGUCCGAAGGGGGAAACGAACAACAUAGUUUCGAUCGACGUGGGUGGUCAACUCUUUCAAACGACGAAACAAACCCUAACCUCGGCGGGUCCCAAAACCUUCUUCUCCCGAAUAGCGGAAUCUUCUGGAAUCUACACGCCGUUCAUAGACAGAGACCCUGAACUUUUCUCUCUUAUCCUUUCCCUCCUCAGAACCGGUAACCUUCCUUCAAAGGCCAAAGCUUUCGAUCUCCAAGACCUAAUAAUCGAGUCCAGAUUCUACGGCGUCGAAACCCUCUUAAUCAAUUCCCUCUCCAACCCUUCCCAAUUCGAACCCUUCAACCUCCAUAAAUCCCUCCUUUUGCCCCUCAACGGCCGCGACCCCCCCUCCGCCCUCGCCGCCACCGCGUUCGGCGCCCUCCACGUCGCACACGGCAGCAAGAUCACCUCCUUCGACUGGUCCCUCCGCCGCAAGUCCACCCUCCUCACCCACUUCACCGCCGUCGACUCUCUCCUCGCGCUCUCGCCGUCGCUCGUGGCCGCCGGCGCCAACGACUUCUCCGGCCUCCAAAUCCUCGACCUGGAAAAGGGGCGCGUGAGGGAAACCCUGCACUGGGAAAACGUCACCAAAUCGGGCUCCACCGUCCAAGCCAUCGGAUCCUCGCCGGAGCAAAUGUUUGUUAGCUUCGAAUCUUCCCGUAGAAACUCAAACUCCAUAAUGGUGUACGAUGUUCAAAGCCUGGCCCCCGUGACGGAGAUUGCCCACAACGAAAUCUUCGGCGCCGACAUCGAUUCGGCGAUUCCGGCGACGAAGCUGCAGUGGGUGGAAAGUUGCAAGCUUUUGAUGGCAUCUGGGUCCCACAGCGGUCCCUCCGGCGUGAGCGGCAACAUGCGGUUGUGGGACGUUCGGUCGGGUAACGUAGUCUGGGAGACUUCGGAGAAGGUGGAUUGUUUUGCUGACGUGGCAGUUUGUGAUGGGUUGUCGGUUAUUUUUAAGGUUGGGGUGAAUUCGGGUGAGGCGUCCUACGUGGACUUGAGGAAGUUGAGUAGUGGCGGCGAGAGCACGUGGGUCUGUCUGGGAGAUAAGAGAAAGGCUCUGAAUGGGAAGAAGGAAGGUUUUGGUUGCAAGAUCCAAACGCAGGGGAAUCAGGUGUUUUGCACUAAGGCUGGUGACGUGGAGCUUUGGUCUGAGGUUGUUUUGAACGGUGGAAGGAUCUUCAAGAAGAACUUGAUGGGGAGGGUUAGGGACAUGGGUGGGGCUAAGGUUACCAAUUUGGCCUUUGGUGGGAGCACCAUGUUCUUGACUAGGAAGGAUCACCAAUCUGUUGAGGUCUGGCAGAGUUCUUCUACGGACUUUUGAUUUCUUACAAACUACAGUAGAGGAGUGGUGAAUGCAAAUGAAAAUCCCCCUUGUUGUAGAAAUUGUUUAUUCCUUGUAUUUCUACUUUUCCACUUCUGACACCCAAUUCGGUGUCUGAAGGGGAGGUUGUAUUUACUAUAUAUUUAGUUUCCUGCACAAAUCAUCCGGUAAUUUCUGUACUCGAUGAAAAUAUACAUUUUAUCAGGUUGUUCUCUCAAGUCAA